UCAGACGGUCGGGGUCUGCGUGGGCCAUGGUGCAGCUCCGGCCGCGUGCGUCCCGCACCCCGGCGUCGGCGGAGGCAAUGGUGGACGAGGGCCAGCCGGCUUCGGAAGAGGAGGCGGAGCACGGUCUGUUGCUCGGACAGCCUAGCAGCGGCGCGGCCGCCGAGCCGCUGGAGGAAGACGAGGAAGGGGACGAUGAGUUUGACGAGGCCCCGGAGGAGCUGACUUUCGCCAGCGCCCAGGCGGAAGCGAAAGAAGAGGAGCGGCGAGUGCGGGAGACCGUCCGCAGGGAUAAAGCGCUUCUGAAGGAGAAGAGGAAGCGACGCGAAGAGCUGUUCAUCGAGCAAAAGAAAAGAAAACUUCUUCCAGACACUGUUUUAGAGAAGUUAACUACAGCUGCACAGACUGACAUAAAGAAAUCACCAGGAAAGUUGAGAGAAGUUAAUUUGCAAAAGAAAAAUGAAGAAUGUGAAAAAGGAAGUGACUCCAAGAAAGUUAAAGUUCAAAAAGUACAGUCUGUCAGCCAGAAUAGAAGCUACUUGGCUGUCAGGCUAAAAGACCAAGAUCUGAGAGAUUCGAGGCAACAGGCGGCCCAGGCCUUCAUACGUGAUUCUUUGUAUGGUCCAGGAACCAACAGAACUACUGUAAAUAAGUUCCUGUCUCUUGCUAACAAGAGGUUACCAGUGAAAAAGGCUGCAGUCCAGUUUUUGAAUAAUGCUUGGGGAACCCAGAAAAAACAAAAUGCCAAAAGGUUUAAAAGACGGUGGAUGGUCAGAAAGAUGAAAACUACUAAGAAGUAAAUCAAAGCUAAAUGAAGAAUCUGUACUUUGUAUGUAUAGAAUCAUAUAGAAUUCAGUCAUCUAGAGGAUUAAUUUCUCUAAAAAAAGCUAACCAUUCAUAAAUCAUUUCAACGUCAUUAUAAAAAUCGUAGAUAUAUUUGUCUGGGGAAGUACUCAGCCACAUUUCAUCCUUCUGGGGUACAGCUGUGUCUUGUAGUCUUAGAAUGGCCUAGGAGAAAAAGUUUAAAGGAAUCGUGUUCUUUUAUUUUUAUAAAUUUAACAGAUGGCAAGUGGUACCCAUACCAGCAACAACACCUCUUCUACCUCCAUCCUAGGUGUAUAUGGCAGGAACGGUAGGGAGAAAAAGGAGAAAUGGACAUCUCAAAAGUCUCUAGUCACAGCUCUCAGAUGUUUUGUGUUAUUGAAGAGAUUUUUUUUUCCCACAGAAUAUUGCUUUGUAAUGCUCCUCAGGGAAUGAAGGAGACUCAGAGAAGUAAUUGUGAAAGAGUGCAAAGUCUUAAGUGUAGAUAAGUAUCUGUUCUUAUUAGAGAAGAUACAGUGCAUAAAAUAUAGUCAAUGAACAACUUUGUUAAGCCAAAGGAUCAGUUAGUCUGUUGACUUGCUUUUAAAAUUUUACUUUCAACCAGUGUAGAGGGAAUUUGGUUGACUGGCAAGUCUCAUAUGCCAUAAAUUUCCAGUUGUCUUUCUGUGUCACCCACAAUGUCAGGUUUGACUCUAAUCCAGGGGGGUUCUAUACAAACUGAAGGCUGUUUUAGGUUUAGAGCUCAGAUUAAUAGUAGAAACCAUUAAUUAAAAUUACUCUGAUUUUAUGUUAAUCAUAAGAAAUAUACAAGUACCUAAUAUAUAAACUCAAUUGACACUAGUAUCUGCAGAAGUAAAUUUUUAAUGGCUGGUUAAUUAUAUCACUACAUUUUUAUUGCAAUAUAGUACUCAUUUAAGCACUUAAAAAUGGAAGGUGUACAAAGAUUAAAUUAAGACACGGUAAAUUGACUAAAUAUUUGGUUUUUAUAUAAAUAAAGGUCAUAACC